CGUUUUCCACGAGAGAUGGCGCGAAACGUACUUGAUCUUAUGUACAGUGCUUGAUGUGUGAUAUAACAUAUAACCUCACGUACGACUUGAAAAUUGGUGGCUUUGAAGUGCUGGAUCUAGCGUGUAAUCACCAGUAGAACCAUGGCGAAAGUACCGGAACCUGUGACAAACCCUGCCAUGGAAGGGGAGAGACCCAUGAGUAUAGCACGGCGUAUGAUAAGAGAGAGAGAACGAAUGUUGGGAAUGACAGACGAGGAACGAGCAUGGAGGAAGAAAUGGUUGAAGGCUCAAAUAUUGGCUCCUGAAGAACCGGUGUGGUCAGAGAGUUUGUACAAAGAGAUGUACAAUCCGAUCAGGAGAUUUUACAAGUGGCCAUGGAACAGAUUUCAGGACAUGAUGGAGCCAGUUCUGAGUCCACAAGGCGCCUUUCUCAUACGGCACUUUAUAACUAAGGGCGCAAUGGGUACCGCUGUUUUGUAUUGGAUAUAUUAUCAUCUGAAGUAUGGUAGAAUGGAUUGGAUGAAGAAAUCAGGAUGGAAGAUAAUGGUAACUAGAACCAUUAUGUAUCCUGAUAACAAGGAUCUGAAUGCUUUGUAUAAAGUGAAGGGUAACCAGUUCUAUGUGAACGGCUUCGACAAGUCUCCCAUAUAAAUUGAAGAAUGCACUUCAUGCGUGUUCCUUAUAUACAAAUCUUUUAUUAGUAUAAUAUCAUAAUAAUUAUACCACUAGAACGAAUGUACAAAUGUCCACAGACAUUGUUAACAAUAAAUGCGAUGUUAUCUUUUCUGUGGAA